UUUGUUUUCAUUUAAUUUGUUUGGCGGUUUUUGGCCUAUCUUUGAUAAUUAUUUCUUAAUGAAUAAUCAUCAAAAUGGAAAAUAAUCAACUAAUUAAAUUCGAUGUUGAUAUUGCAGAAACGUGCAAGGUUAAAUUAUUGAAUAUACUACCUGACGUACCAACAGUCGUUACAAAAUUGGAUUUUGAAGAAAAUCCAUGUAAUAUUGAAAAUCAGAAAUUCAUAGCAGAACUGCGAACAAAUUGUUCAGACAAACAGAGUGCUAUAAAUUGGAAAGAAAAAUUUGAAGAACUUAGCUACACCAGCUACAACGUAGACAGUACCUUUAACGAAAAUACCUUAAAAACUAUUUUUAAAUGCAUCUUUCACUGUUUACAUAAUACCAGGCCACCUAAAAGAGUCAAAACACCUCACUAUAAACAUGUUGAUUGUCCAGCAAAACUAACCAUUAAUGUCAAGAAUCCAAAAAUGAAAAAGUGA